CACGUGCGCAGAGAAGAAGAAGGAGGGAGCCCCGAGUAUAUACAGUUAGAGUUUGAUAUUGCACGUUCUUGUGUCAUACUCUUAACCUCUGCGCAUUGUGUUUAAUCGUGUGUGUGUGUGUGUGUGUGUGUGUGUGUUAUAAUCUUAAAUCGUAUUUAUCGAAGAUACGAAUACGAUUUUACACAGUAUAAUGGCAACUCCAAAAACGUGGGCAAAAAUACAACCUGUAGAAAAUCCUCUCAAUCUAUCGGAUAUUACAACAGAACAGCUCGAUGUGAGAAUGCAAGAAAUGAAGUUAAAUGAAUAUUUAAAUGAUGACAAUAGAAGUAUAAUACAAGCAAAUAAAGAAAAAGAUGAAGUAAGUGAUGCUGACAACGAUGAGGUAAUAGCGAAUAUAUUACAAGAUCAGUUUAAUGAAGAGCAUGAUAUAAUGUUAAAGCGUAUAGAAGAGAAAGUUAAUCGUGAUUCAAAAGUGAGUAUCUCAUAUACUAAUUAUCGAACUUCUUCUUAUGAUACCAAGGAUGAAGAUAAUAUUGAUUCUGAUAGCGGUAACAACAGGGACUUUGACCGUUUUGUUAGCAUAGAAAAAGAGCAAGCUUCAAUACCAUGUUGUGGUUACAAGAAGGUAGAAGGAGGUUCUCAAAUAGUCACAAAGCAUGAUAUAUUAAGGUCUUCCCGGUUAAACGCAUGUCGUGUAUUGCAAUUCCCUCCUGGUAUUAGCACUGGGGACACAGGUGGGUUUGAUGUAAAAUUAGAUAACAAAGUAUUCAACAUUCUGCGCGCUCACAGUCAAGCGCAAAGAAAGAAAGGAAAACCAUCACCAAAAUCUAAAACGCAUCCAAAAUAAAAUAAACAAGAUAAAGCAGAUAGGAGCUUUCAUUUGAAGUAAAUACACUCUCGGUAAAAGAUUACUGGAGAAUUUUAAUUCGUCUAUCGUAUAUCAUGACAAAUGUUUAAAAAAAAAACGGCUUUUUUAAUAAAAUAGAAAUUGGUUAAAAGCCUGGAGGAAGCAGUAUAUUUUUAGCAUUCGGUACUCAUGGACUAUGUAACCAUUGUGUAUUUCAAGUAUACCUGCUUCUAAAAUAAAGCAUUAAUCAGAAAAAUGGCCCAAAAUUUAUAAAAAUUUAUCAAUUUCAAUAUACUGAAUUGAUUUAACCGAGAACUCACGACAUAUUAAAUUCGCUCCUAUUUCUACUUGCAUAUAUAUGGUGUAUGUAACAGGAAUUUAUACAUACUCAUUUGCGAGUGCAAAUAUAUAGGAUGUACAAUCUCAACAGAAGAAAAAUAAAUCAACUUCAAAUAUUUGGCAAUCAA